AUGGCGACAACUGCGGUCAAGUUUGCUGUCGCCGCGAUCUGCGUGACUGGAUUGGUGUUCCUGCGGAAGCGGAAGCUCCAGCGUCUGCAUGCUCGUAUCAUAUACCACCGGGACAAGGACCUUGGCUCACGAUUUGGCAUGGAUGUCGGUGGAACGUUGGGAAAAUUGGUGUACUUUGAACGCGAAGGCGACGCGGAUGCAACGAAUCCCGACGCCCCAGACUUGGGUGACGUGCAUUCGUACUUGGUGGACACGGAGUAUUACGGCAAGAGCGUUGAGCGUGACAGUCGAAUGAUGUUGAAUGUACCGGGGGGUGGCCGCAUUCAUUUUCUGCGGUUCGAGACGAACAAGGUCGAGUACGUCGUGGAGUUUGUCUUGCACCGGUGUUUCCACAGGGACAUUCGAACGAUGGCGUGCACUGGAGGCGGUGCGUUCAAGUUCAGCAAGCUCUUCGAGGACCACCUGGGCAUUUCGCUGCAAAAGUGCGACGAACUGGACUGCCUCAUCCGAGGCAUGGUGUUCGUCAUGCGCCACGUCGCUGACGAGUGCUACACGUUCAAGAAUGUGUCGUUGCAUAGUCAAGGGAUUGGGGAGGCCACGAAGCAAAUCAUGUCGACACCACAAAGCGAACUGUACCCAUUCUUACUCGUCAAUAUUGGCUCUGGCGUGAGCAUUCUCAAGGUCACCAGUGAGACGGAAUACCAUCGCGUGUCCGGCACGAGUUUGGGGGGUGGCACCUUCCUUGGGUUGUGCAAGCUCUUAUCCAAGUACAAGAGCUUCGACGAGGCGCUCGAAGGCAGCAUGCAGGGCAACUCCCAGAGCGUUGAUAUGACCGUCGGAGAUAUCUACGGCGGCAACUACACUCAAUUCAAUCUACCCGCAACCACCCUCGCCAGUAGUUUCGGCAAAAUGGGAACCAAACAUGAACCCAAGAGCGGCCUGCGAGACGAAGACGUGGCUCGGUCACUGCUUAUCAUGAUCACGACUAACAUUGGCCAGGUAGCGUACUUGAGCGCAUUGCGGUCGCAAACCCAGCGUAUCUACUUUUGCGGGAACUUCCUCCGUCAAAACGAGGUCGAUCGGCUCCAAGUCAGGUCGUUUUGAACCGUGACAACGUUUUUAUAGAUUGCUUCCCGGCAACUCGCGUACGCAAUCGACUACUGGUCCAAGUCCAAGAUGCAAGCGCAAUUCUUCCAUCACGAAGGAUUCUUUGGUGCCCUUGGCGCGCUGUUGACUCACCACAAGGAGCUGCACAUCCAGCUUUAACGACCGAUCGUCAUUUGCGUCUCGAGCAUGUCGACAGCAUCCUGCAAUAGAUAUAGUAGGUGCAGGAAAAAACGAUUUCCUGCGAUAAGCAGAAAUAGCAAAUAGUGUGACAACGAUUUUUCAC